AUAAUCCAAAAUUCAAUUAUUUAGGACUGCAGGAGCCGGUGGCGGUUGGACAACCUAUCCAGGAAUGGUAUCGCAACCGACCAUGAUGGGCGGCUCGUUGCUGAUGGGCGGCAUCGGCGGCAAAGCUUGCUACACCUCGUUGGACGGCAAAGGGGACGGCGGUUUCGGCGGCGGCGGUGGCGGUUGUAAAAACGGAGCAGGUGGAGGUGGUUACGCGGGAGGCAACGCAAAUUCUACCAACGGAGAUGGAGGCACUUCUUUUGUGGACUUAACUAAAACUGAUUCCUUUUUUGCCAAAGCGGAUUCCGGGUUCAAUGCCGGACCCGGUUACGUGGUCAUUAUACCUUCGGUGGAUGGUUGCGAUUGUGAUUAUCAGUGUUUGGCUUUGGACGAGAGACGUUCCGAAACCGCUUGCGUUUGUCCGAAAACUUGGAGGUUGUCUGACAAUAAGAAAUCUUGCAUACCAAUCACCGUCAACAUGGACUCGCAAUACCCACCCUGGUUUGUCGUAGGUCUAAUAGUCACAGUCUUCUGUUUAACAGUGGCUUUUGGCAUGGUGUGCUUUGUCCUAUACAACCGCUACCAGCAACAAGUUUCAGGCCUUCUGAGGCGAAAAGGUUGCCCAGUUUCGGACGUACAACUGAGCCGUCUGAGACAAGCCUCAGGAAGUGUGACAACUCAAUAUAAUCCUAAUUAUGAAUUCGGAGGAAUUGUGACUACUAUUGCCGAUUUGCAACACAUUCCUAGAGAACAAUUAAGACUUGUCAAGGCUUUGGGUCAAGGUGCCUUUGGUGAAGUCUAUCAAGGCUGUUACAGACAACGUCCCUGUGACACUGUAGAAAUGCCUGUUGCAGUUAAAACUCUUCAGGAAAUGACUGUCAAACAAGCCGAAGAUGAUUUCUUGACUGAGGCAUUAAUAAUGUCAAAAUUCAAUCAUCCAAACAUUGUGCAUUUUAUCGGAGUUUGCUUUGAUAAAACCCCCAAGUUUAUUAUUUUAGAACUUCUAACUGGAGGAGAUUUGAAAAACUUUUUGAGAGAAUCCAGGCCUAAACCAGAUAGGCCAAGUCCAAUCACAAUGAAAGACUUGUUGUUCAUAGCAAUCGACAUUGCAAGGGGUUGUAGGUAUUUGGAAGAAAAACGCUUCAUUCACAGAGAUAUUGCGGCAAGAAAUUGCCUGUUAACAACCAAAGGCCCAGGCCGGGUAGCCAAAAUAGCAGAUUUCGGAAUGUCCCGGGACAUUUACAGGGCGGAUUAUUACAGGAAAGACGGCAAGGCCAUGCUGCCUGUCAAAUGGAUGCCCCCAGAAGCCUUUUUGGAAGGGAUUUUUAGCUCAAAAACUGAUGUUUGGUCUUUCGGGAUUCUGUUGUGGGAAAUAAUGAAGAUGGGCUUUAUGCCGUAUACCGGGUGCACUAACAAGGAGGUUAUGGAUUUGGUGGUGCAAGGCGGACGACUGGAACGACCAGAAAAUUGUCCAGGUCCAAUCUACGGUAUAAUGGCGUCCUGUUGGCACCCGCAACCCGAAGACCGACCGACUUUCGCGACAAUUCUAGAACGACUGGGAUAUUGCGGUCAAGACCCGGACGUAACCACUGCUCCUUUGCCAAUGUUCUACCUAAACGUGUCCAGCGAAAGAGAUACCACAGUCAUAAGACCAAGCGACUCCAACGAUAAUUGCCUACAAGUACUACCAAAUCCUUCAGAUUAUUUGGUACCCACUCAUACAGUACCCAGCACCCCUGACGCCAUAGAAAGUACUUCAUCGGUAGAAAAACUCAUACCUGAUGACCACUGGGAAACUUCCUUUAUAAUGCCCAACUCGAAAUCGACUCAGCCUUUACUUAUGGACAGUAGUAAGGAUGAAGACGGACAUCAUAUACCAGAAAAAGAAGUUGGUACUGAAGCUGUUACAGUGAAAGCUGGUGUUUCUUUGGACGCAGGCGCGUUGGCCAAAUCUAUGGCCAUGGGACCCGGUCAGAAGAAAAAGUACGCCAACGUAGACGACAAUGGGACGAUGGUACAAAACGGAGGGUACUCUAUUAAGUAUGUUGGAUGUAAAAAUGAGCCAGAAUUUCAAUAAGUUAUAAUGUAAAUACCUACACUAGUAAAAUGUAAGUUGGAUUUAUUAUAAAUUAAAUGAUGUAAGGUAGAUGAAAAAAAAAAUUGCAAAAAUGCUCUCAUAUAUGGAUGAUUAUUAAUUGUUUAUAUACACAGGGUAUAAUUUUAGGGUGAUUUUUAUAAGCCCUGGUUAUGUUGCUUGCUCACAAAAAAAAGAUACGUAGUAUUUUAUACAAAUUGUGCUUCGUCCAAUAUUUGAUAAAAAGAUGUGAAUUAUUUAGAAAUAAGCACAGAAUUGUCAAGAUUGUAAAUACCUACAAUCUUUUUAUAAUAUAAAUUUCAAAAUGGUUGUUUGUACAAGGGGGUUUGGAUUGUGAUAUAUAUGGUAUGGCCCUGGUACUUAAAUGGGUUGUGUGCUUUUUUCGUCGGCUCAACGAACUUUUUGUUGUUAAAUUUUUAUUGAAAAUUGUUAGCUAGAGCAAAAAUAAUUUCUCUCUGUAAAUACAAAAGCUGAAUAAAUGCUUUAAAGGUGCAAAAUGUAAAUAAUAAAAAUACUCAAAAGGGAUGUUUUUUUGAAGAGGGACUUUUUUUCAUUACGUUUAUAUAAUCUGUUUGUUGCUUUAUUGAAUAAUUAUUAUAUAAAAAAUGUAGCGCUUGUUGUAUGUAUAUAUUAUUAUAUAACUAAAAUUGAAUUUAUUUAUUUAUAGGUAUAUAUAUAUUAUUGAUUAAAAGACUGGUUUAAAAUUCAUACAAUUAUUUAAGUUAUUAUGAUUAUUUGUAUUUUAUCUUUCAAAGGAUUUACAUAGAAGAAGAAAAAGGGAAAAUAUUUAUUUGAAAAGAUAAAUAAAUUAUAUAUAGGUGUUGACAAUGCUUUUUUAUUGGACACACCUUUACUGUCUCUAUUGCUCCAAGCUCCUGGUAUUCAUAAUAGACGGGUGCAUGGUUCAAGCCAUAGACGCCGGAAUUUCAGAAUUACUAUGGGGGCUUGGGCUCCAAAAAUUAACAUAAGUAGAAUUAAUUAGACAAACAGGACUAGGCUACUAGACACAUAGACUUAAAUGUGACCAGGCAGGUCAACAACUGGCCAAUUUUAAUGCAAUAGAAUGAAAUUUCUAGUAAAAACUUGUUGUUGUCUCCCUCCGCUUCGCGACGGAAGGCAAACCACAUCUCG